GCACGGGCACGGGCACGGGCACGGAUCCACUUCCAGGGAGCAAACCGGGGGAGAAGAGAAGAGAAGAGAGGAGAGGACGGCCGAUGAGCAGAAAAAAAGCCGCUCCGAAGUGAGCCGCAGAAACUAGAGCGCGCGCGCUCCUCGCCACGUCCACGAUGCCGCUGGUGUCGCCGAGAGCUGAGACGAAGGACGCUCAGCCGGCGGGGGGACUCUAAACGAAGCGCCGUCUCCCAUGCCAUAAGCCAGGCGAGCGCGAGAAAAAAAUAUGAGCUGGAAUAAUAACAUGUUGCGCAGCGCCGGGAGCCGCAUCGCAGCAGACAGCGCGCGUCGCCACUGACACGAUGGCGCGUCCUGGAGGAGACGGGGCACUGAGCGCCUGAAUGCCACGGACAAGGAAAAAAAACAAAACAAAGCACGCGCGCACUCAGAGAGACACGCGACAGAAACAGAAGCGAGUUUCGCCACCGAGCCGCCUAUGCCAACGCGCUGAGCAGCCGCGCGCGCUCUCGCUCGCUCUCGCCGCUGCUGCGCGCGUCCCCUGCGCGCGUCCCCUGCGCGGUCCCUCGAACUCGAUGGCAGUCGGUCGCUCCGCUCACCACCCGUGAAGCGUGCGAUCCGCGGGCCCGGGGCGGGGGCGGGGGCGGGCGGGGGGUGGGGGGUGGCCGCGCAACAUCAUGUAUCUGGGCAAAGCGCUCCUCUUCUUGCUGCUCUCGAGCUGCGUGAGCACGAGCCUGUCGCUGUCCACGUGCGCCACCGUGGACAUCGACCACAUCAAGAAGAAGCGCGUGGAGGCGAUCCGCGGCCAGAUCCUGAGCAAGCUGCGGCUCACGAGCCCGCCGCCCACGCUGGACGCGAGCCAGGUGCCCUUCCAGGUGCUCGCGCUCUACAACAGCACCAAGGAGCUGCUGGAGGAGCUGGGCAGGGAGCGGCAGCAGAGCUGCGGCCAGGACAACACGGAGACCGAGUACUACGCCAAGGAGAUUUACAAAUUCAACAUGAUCCAGGGGCCCUCGGAGAACAAUGAGCUACUCCAUCCUUGCCCCAAGGGGAUCACCUCAAAGGUGUUCCGCUUCAACGUCUCUUCCAUGGAGAAGAACGCUACCAACCUGUUCCGGGCCGAGUUCCGGGCACUGCGCAUCGUCAACGAAGCUGCCACGAUGAACGAGCAGCGGAUCGAACUCUACCAGAUCCUGAGGCCAGAUGGCCAUAUUGGCAAGCAGCGCUACAUCGGGGGCAAGAAUGUGCUGACCAAGGCGCCACCCGAGUGGAUUUCAUUUGACGUGACAGAGACCGUGCGAGAGUGGCUCAUGUACCAAGAAACCAACCUCGGCCUGGAGAUCAGCGUGCACUGCCCUUGCCACACAAUUAAGCCAAACGGAGACAUUGAUGAAAACAGCUACGAGCUGCUGCAAGUCAAGUUCAAAGGAGUGGAAGGAGAUACAGACAGCCUGAGGCUGGAUCUGGACCGGCUGAAGUACCAGAAGGAGCAAAUGGAGCAGAAGGAGCGGCUGUACCCGCACCUGAUCCUCAUGAUGUUACCACCACACCGCCUGGACACCCAAACCUCCUCCCGGCGCCGCAAGCGAGCGCUGGACACCAACUACUGCUUCAGUAACUACGAGGAGAACUGCUGCGUGCGCCCGCUGUACAUCGAUUUUCGGCAGGACCUGGGCUGGAGGUGGAUCCACGAGCCCAAGGGCUACUAUGCCAACUUCUGCUCUGGGCCGUGCCCUUACCUGCGCAGCGCUGACACCACGCACAGCUCGCUGCUGAGCCUCUACAACACCUUGAACCCUGAGGCAUCGGCCUCACCUUGUUGCGUACCCCAGGACUUGGAGCCCCUCACCAUCCUGUACUAUGUGGGACGGACCCCCAAGGUGGAGCAGCUCUCAAACAUGAUAGUGAAGUCCUGCAAGUGCAGUUGAGCUUGCUGCCAUAGCCCAGCAGCGAGUAUCCUGGAGGGGGGGCGAGGGGCACCAUUCCUCACAAAAGAAUAGCUCUAACAAGGCAGCCAACAGGACCUUCCCCGGCCAUGCAUUUUACCCCCCCCCCCAUCUGUACUGUGUGCUCAGGCAAACCACCUUCGAAACACCACUACCAAACCAUCUUAGUGCGAGGAUGUACUACGGACAUACAGUUAUGUUUUACUAGUGUUUUUACAGUGCUCUCCACUGCCCCCUCUCCCAAAUUAUUUUUUUUCUUCUUUUUUUUUUUUUUUUAAAUAAACUUGUAUUGUUUCUUUCUGACAAUCCUGGGCAUUUCAGAUGAGCUUACGCUUUAAAAAAAAAAAAAAAAAAAAGGAAAAAA